UGCGUGUCCAUACUCUUUUGCUGCUAGUGUGUUCAAAGUAGAGCACCAAUAUGAUGGAGAUGAUUGGCAGGCACAAAAGCAGAAAACACAUCAGAGCCUUUGGGGCCCAGCGUGUUUGUAUGUGUGCACGCGCGCAUUUGUGCGCGUGCGGCAGGAAGGAGCAUACGUCAACAUGGACUCCGCCAUGGAUGAAGAUGAUGAAAAAAAGUCGAACCGACACAAUUCCACUUUCUUGCUGAAGCAGAAAGUAGCUGCACUGAAACACUUAUGCGUCCAACACCGAGACACACUAGUUCUUCUUCUGAAGCUGCUGAUUGCGGCAGGCUGGGCUGCCGUGGUGAUUGCGGCCUGCGUGCUGGAUUUCCAUCGGGCCAUUGGGUUGCUGGUUAUCUCCUUACUGGUUCUCUUCUUCCUCAUCUGGGAUUGGACGAUGGCACGCUACGGUGAUCGGAUAUGGGAAGGCCUACUUCCUGUCCGGGACCUGGCCAGCAAACAGUGGAUUCGACUCAGAUGGCUGAUAUGUGCCUGUGCGCUGGUGGGCCUUGUGUGCUGGUUGGUACUGGACACAGCCAAACGAGGAGAAAGACAACUGGUGUCUUUUUUUGGUUUGCUGCUCCUCAUCUUUUUCACGAUGCUCUUCUCCAAGCAUCCUUUUUGUUGGUCUUGGCAACCGUUGUUCUGUGGACUCGGGCUGCAGUUUAUCUGUGGGCUUUUCGUUCUGAGGACAUCCUUUGGUUUAAAAACACUGAAAUGGCUCGGCUACUAUAUUGAGGUCUUCAUAGCCUACACGGAUGUUGGCUCUCGUUUUCUCUUUGGGGACAAUUACGAGGACCACUUCUUCAUCUUCAAGGUGAUGCCCGUCUUGAUUUUCAUGAGUUCCUUCAUCUCUAUUCUCUACCACUUGGGCUUCAUGCAGUGGCUGAUUUACAAGAUGGGCUUCAUAAUGCAGGUUACCAUGGGAACGUCUUCGGUCGAAUCGAUGGCAGCGGCGGCGAAUAUCUUCUUGGGGCAGAUAGAAACCCCCCUUUUGAUCCGACCCUACAUCAGUGGGCUCACACUGUCCGAGAUCCACGCCUUGAUGACGGGAGGCUUUGCCAGCAUUGCCGGGUCUCUCUUGGCUGUCUUCAUCUCCUUCGGGGUGGAAGCGUCUCACUUGAUGACUGCGUCGUUGAUGUCUGCUCCCGCCUCGCUGACCGUCUCGAAACUUUUCUGGCCAGAAACAGAGACGCCCAGCACAAAAUCGAGCCCCGACGUCAAAGUCAAACAGGAAAGCACCAACAUUCUGGAGGCCGCAUCACAAGGGGCCAUGUUUGCAGUGAGCCUGGUGGCCAACGUGGUGGUCAACCUCUUGUCCUUCACAGCGCUGUUGGCUUUCUUAGAUGGCGUCGUCUCCUGGCUGGGGGCCAUGUUUGACUACCCGCAGCUCAGCUUCUCGCUGAUGUUUUCGUACAUCCUCAUGCCCCUGGCGUUCAUGAUGGGAGUUUCCUGGGAGGACAGCUUUGUAGUCGCUGAGCUGGUGGGACUUAAGACCUUCCUCAACGAAAUUGUGGCUUACCAGAAGCUAUCGCUGCUGAUAAAGACGCGCAAGGCUGGCGGACCGGAGUACGUCAACAACGUAAAACAAUACAUUUCUGUCCACUCCAAAACAAUCGCCACGUACGCCCUGUGCAGCUUUUCCAACUUUGCCUCUCUCGGCAUGUCGAUCGCAGCACUGAUAUCAAUGGCUCCGGAGAGACGGAGCGACAUUUCCUCUUGUGGCGUCCGAUCCCUGAUUGCAGGCUGCGUUUCCUGUUUCAUGACGGCCUGUGUUGCAGGCACGCUGUACAUUCCCAAACUGGAGUGCCCAAACUACCUUAGCAUCACAUUGAACAGCACCAACGUGACGGUAGCCACAGAGCUGCUCACCUGCUGCACACAACUUUACAACAGCGUGACGGUGCAUGAGCCGUGGAACUUCACCUUGAAAGAGUUCACCGAGAGUAGUUUGCAAGCGUGCUGCGCGCUCACGCCCUCCUCGUCACACUUCAACUGUAGCUGGCUGCUUUGACGCACCACAUGUUGAUCAUGUUUACUUUGAUCGGCUGAUUUCAGUACUAUGAUGCCAGGAGGGAUAGAUUUGUUUUCUUUUGUUUUAAUGAGCUCUUGUCCCGAGGAAUUGACAUAGGCCUGGUAGUGAAUCUUGUUUUACACAGUGUCAUGUAACUAGGAUUUUAGAGAAAGAAGCUCUAAGACACAAAGCAAGAAAACCUAACUCAUCCAUUGUAGCCUGGCGGUCCUGCAAGGAAGAUCCUCCCAUCUGCGGUCCCUUCUCAAGUUUUCCCAUUUUCCUCAAUUUGGGUUUUUGGAGUUUUUCCUUGCUCUCCUGGGGUUCAAAAUCAGAGGAUAUAGCUAAUAUUAUUGUUAAUAUUCGUCACUUGUGGGCAUGUGAGACCUUUUUUCAAUUAUAAAAAAAAUCUGACUUGACUCUGACAUGACAGACCAAAGAUAAUUGCUCUUUAUUUUCAUCUAUGUCAGUGGAUUUAUAUUUAAUGUUGCAUUUCGAAAUGUUUUACGAGAAUUGACAACUUGUAAUUCUUGUUCUGUUUGAAUGAUUUAUUGUUUAUUUAAACGAGAUCUGCUCUUCUAUGAUAAAAACAACGUCUAUGACACACUAAAGACAAAUAUUCCUUGUUUUUAUACAGUAUAUAAUUUUUUCAUUGUUCAGGUUUUGAUUUUUUUUUAAUGCUUAGAUUAGCACACCCGCGGCCCCCGAGGGGACUAAGCGGUUCAGAAAAUGGAAGGAUGGAUGGAUAGAUUAGCACCAUUGGCAAGCAUUGUAAGGUCCGGUUAGUUGUAUUUUUGUCCUAAUCUUGAAACCGAUAUCGUAUUCAUUUGCACUUGCUUUUGACGAUCUCAAAUGAGUUUGGAUUUUAUACGUAUUUAUAAGCAUCUGCAUUCACUCACACAAAGCACUGCCAUUUGGGGUUGCAGGUUUCACUAGGACGUGUAGUUGUAAUGUAGUAUACGGCCACUGGGUGUCGCUAAUGUCCUUUUAAAGAGUACCACAAUGACCCAAGGGCCUGUAAGGGCUCAUCUCUCUCCAUUAAGCCACGGAGGAAUUGAGACAAGAGCCAGACGAAAAGAUGGUACUGUGUCACACAUAUUUCAGACUGUCCCUGAAGGCAACACCAACUUCUAUAGAUUCUGGAUACACUAGGACUAGGUGAUUGGACAUGGAAGAGCUGAAUAGAUAUUGUGGUAGAGAGAUGGAUGUUUGGAUAGAUGGAUGGAUGGGAACAUUCAUUGAGUGGUCAAAUGGGUCAAUGACAAAUUGCAGGGACAGUCUACAUCAAUGAACAUUUCUGUAGAUCCACCAGGAUUAACCAAGGGGUUAAUCAGAGAUGACUUGCCAUAGUUCAGAUGGAUAUUUAAAAACGGACUGCCCUAAAGUGUAUACUAUAAUAAAUCAAUGCAAUCACACUGAACAAAUAUCAACAUUUAGUUUGUAAAAGAUCCGUGCUUCAACCAGUAUCUGGCCCAGCAGGGAAGGCCGGCCUCGCUGGCGCUGACCUCUCACCACUGUGUCUGAUUAUGGGAGAGCGAGCAGAGGAGACAUUACAGACAUUUAUACAUAAACACCAGCAAAUGCAACUCUUCUGUGCCUCGUUAAUUGUAAUUCCCAGAAACAAUGUGGCUUCUCUUCCCCACACACGUACACAUUUUCCUUUCUCGGAACACGCGUGCGUUUAGCGCCAUGUGCCCCUCUUCCUGUGUUUUAUCCCCUGCUGAGAGCGGGGCACGUGCGCCCGCACAUACGCACACGCGCACACACAAUUCAAAUUCUGUGGAGGCAAGGCAGGUGGUCAGCCAUUGUAUCCACGCUGGGAUCAGAGCAGCAGAGCAUGAUUCCCAUUUAUAUUGAAACCAGCCACUUAACCCCCAAUAGGCUUUAAAAGCGACCAAAUGCAUCCUAAGAACACCGUGGUAAACAUCCUUUGCACUCACGCACACACUUGCAGACAUUUGAGAGGGGCAAGUUUGCCCAAUAUUGUAGGAUUCUUAUUUCCCUUUUGCUACUUCAAGUUUUAAAGCUCUUCAUGUUCUACUCCACGUGAAGCGAUUGUACAGCAAAGUGACUUUCUUUUCUUUUUCUUUUCUUUUUAGACUGCAGCUGCACUCACAAUAAUUCACUCUCUUUUAGAAAUGACAUUCAGGGGGAAAGCAACACGCAAUUUUGCCAAAGUCACGUGGUUGUGUGUUAUUAAGAUCAUAAUAAAUCAUCUUAAUUUCACGAAAUUGUAAUCCAGCCAGCCGUUAUCUGAAACGCUUACUACAAAAAACACACAAUAUUAUCAGUAUAAAGUAACAUUAUAGGAAGAACAAAAUUUCACAAGAAUAAAGCGGUAAUUUCACAAGGAAAGAACUCUCAAUUUUAUAAGAACAAACUUGUAGUAUGAGAUCCGCAUAUGAGAAUGAAAAGCAUAAUCUUACCAAAAUUAAUUUGAAUGCCCUUCCUGAGUAAUGUAUCUUAAUUGUUCAGCCUGACACUAUAUGUCACUGGCCUAAAAAGACAGAGAUAAAGUAUUUGUUGUAAAUAAUACGUUGUUGACCAACUAACUGGACUAUUAUCGGGGUUUUUUUUAUCAUGGAUUUCUUAUGGUGCCCAAGACUGGUCCACACGAUCCCUUUUUAAUUUCUAAAUGGAUCGAUGAAGUCUGUGACCGAUUUCUUGCAAAAGCGUCUCCAGUUGCUAAAAAAGACAAAUCUCCAUGGCGACCUAUGCAGCAGAGCGCAGGUGGAGGGCCCUUGAAGGUGCAUUAGGACCUUCGCCAUAGACAACUUGCAUUAGCUAGCUUUGUUUCAGCCAUAACCACUAAGAGCCUCGCUAGAGAAGCAUCCUCAAGUCGUCGUCGUAUUCUGCGAGGGAGGCGUACAUGACUUAGACCAUUGUAAUUGAUAUAUAUUUACCAGGCCUGAGAAGUAAUGAGAAGCAUUAGGGAAGUGCUUCUCAAUUAUUUUCUGUUCCGCCAUCCCUACGAACAAGAAAACAUUUUGUUCUCCCCGCUCCUCUCUCUCACGACUAUAAACAGUAUAAUUUGUCUACUAAGAAAUUGUACGCCGCUGCUUAAACUUGCAUCCUCAGUAUAGAAAACAGAAGACAGAAAUCUAGAUGAACUUACAAAGAGUACUUUCUUUUUUUUUUAAGUCAGUAACAGAAAAUAUUCAAAGUGCAUCAAUUUGUCUGAAAUUAAGAAUUUAACCGUGAUUGUCACUGCCACCUACUGUUGUGUAUGCACAAUUAUUCUCAACUAGUGCAGCAAAAUCCAUUUUUAGAACAGGUUUUCAUUUUGUGCCCUAGGUUAGUAUUGCAUUCCACAUGAUAUUGUUUUCUUUCAUUUUAACGUCUUGCUUUGACUUAUUUUUGCUUUCCCUACCAGGCUCCUUCCUGAAUUUGAAUUGUCUCAAAUUAGGUAGCGGAUGACACCUUGAUAGGCUGUUUGCUCGUCGCAAAGACAAUCGUGAUGGAAAAACAGAUACCUGCUGGUGGGCUAUUACUUUUAGCGUCAAAUGUUGCUUUUAUGCCCCCCUGGAAUAACAUAAUGAAACGAAAUCUAAUAUUUAUUUGUUUUAAUCUAUUAUUAGAGUUGUUCAGACUCCUACAUCUGAAACAUGAGAAUGCAAAGCUUUGGUGUUGUAUCCCAACAAGCAGGUAGAGUGUGAUGUUGCAUUCUAAUAGAACCUCAAUAUCAAGACUCCACAACGAUAACAGACAGCCGUCGUGGCUUUCGUCAAUGUGACUGCGCAUUCAUAAAAAAAUUGUAUAAAGAAAAAAAUAAAUGAAAGAAGCCUGGACAAAUAUAAUGGUAGCUCACAUGUGCAACCAAGGUGUGUGCCCUAAUUAGCUUCACGGGGGUCUUAAAACCUCAAACUGUCAGUCAGCGUAUAUCAAGAUUUGUCUCAGGGAAGGAGAAAAGAAAUGAUAGACAAGCAUGUUGAAAGAUGGUGCCGUAAGACCAUCUUCAAGCAGCUUGAUGGACAAGACAAAUGACACAUCGAAGAGAUGAGAAAAAUGAAUUGGAACAAAAGAGCCCAGCACAAACUUUAAAGGAACUAAAGAUGAACUUCAUUCCCAAGAGAGCGACCAAGGAGGACAGCGAUGUUGAAAACAAAUGAUUGUUUCAUUAUAACUGCAAUAGAAAAAAAAGCUGGGGAAAAAAAAGCAAAUAAGAUGUCAAUCAGGGAGAAAUAAAUGCAGAUAAGCAAGGUCCCCUUGAAAAAAUCCACAGAAAAAAAGGAAAAUUGUAAAUAGCAAACCACAAAUAGACGGGUCGAGGGGUUCACUUUCUUCAAUCAUCUGUUGAUGCACUAAUAUUUCUUUUCUGAUAUUCUAUAUUAGUUUGGUCCAAUCUUGAGUUUCACAAGGUUCCAUGGUAAUAAAAUAUCCUGUGCUGCAGCCUCGAGACCCACAAGGCCACAUACCCAGGUGUCCGCAUAAUAUGCCCACACAGGUUAGUAGUUGUCUUUGUGUGUUUUGGACUUAAGAGUAGUGUAGAUGCUUUUCAUUUUCUUUUUAUUAUUAUUUGGGUCUGUCCUUGCGUCCUAUUGCGGAUGUUUUGAAGUGGUUAUGAGCCCAUUUUUUUUUUUCAUAACUGCCAUUUUUAUUUUUCCAAACUCGGGAGUGUUCUACUGUGUGCUGUCUGUGGGUUGUUGACGAUGUCCGUAACAAUUCUGUGGUCAACUGCUGUUUAUUUAUCUCGAUCUUUGUAUU